AUGCGCUGCAACAGUGGUGCCAGUUGCACCAUUGGCGCAACAAAAGUAUGGGCGACUCUGAUCACAAACACAGACUACCUCCCGGGCCUCUUCACUCUCGAGUACUCGUUACGAAAAGCCGGCUCCAAGUACCCGCUAGUCGUUCUGUACACCGACUCCUUCCCCGCUGAAGGACAUGCCGCCGUCGACGCCCGCGGAUUGCCGAAGCAGCGCGUCCCGCACCUCCUACCCUCCCUUCCGAAAGAAUAUACCAAUGAUCCUCGAUUCCAUGAUACGUGGACGAAGCUUACGGCGUUCUCGCUAGUCGAGUAUGAGCGUGUGGUGCUGCUGGACAGCGAUAUGCUGGUUCUGCAGAGCAUGGAUGAAUUAAUGGAUAUUGAGCUGGAUGUGCCGGAGCUAGGGGGAACGGGAAACAGGGUGUUUGCGGCCAGUCAUGCGUGUGUUUGCAAUCCGUUGAAGAAGCCCCAUUACCCGAAGAACUGGAUCCCGGCCAACUGCGCGUUUACAUCACAGCAUGCCACCUCCGACGCGGCCCAGACACUCGGAGCCCCAUCAGACUCUGGACUUGGACUCUGCAACUCAGGCCUCCUCGUCAUCAAUCCGUCAAAAGGAGUCUAUGACAAGAUCAUCGACCAGCUCAACACCCCCGCGACACUGAACUACACUUUCCCUGACCAAGAUCUCAUCUCCGAUGUCUUCCACGGCCGAUGGGUCGGCAUACCGUACAUAUAUAAUGCGCUCAAGACAUUACGGCGCAAGGGCGUCCACGACGCUAUCUGGCGGGAUGAUAGGGUCAAGAAUGUUCACUAUAUACUCAGUCCGAAGCCUUGGGAUGAGAUUGACAGCAUUGCGGACGGCCAAGGGAUGGGAAAACGGCGAACGGCUAGUCUGGACCCUACACAUGAAUGGUGGUGGCGGUUCACGGACGAAAGACUGGAGGAUGAUAAGAAGAGAGACGUGGCUGAUAUGUUCUAG